GUGGUGUGGGAGUCAUAGUGUUAUCGCCGUUCGCCCCGAAGCAUAGACUUGCUCCAAAUUUGAGGCGCAGGCGCACAACACACAUAAACCCUCUCUCUGUUCGCGCUCACAGAGUGCGGUAUCAGUGGGCAAGUGGGAGCGGGCGCCCCUCCAAACAGGAUAUUUUAUUAUACUGAAAUUCAUACUGAAAUCCAUACGCAUACACACACAACACACACGGAGUAACGUAGGAGUAGAGCGCAGGAAAUUCGCAUUUUCAGGCCAGAAGCACUCCGUACGUAGUAAAGCGCGCUCCACAAGCAAAAGCUUCGCAUUGCCAUUCGGACGCAUUCCGUUGCUUGCUUGCUGCUGCAUCAAACACACACACACAUACACAAACUCAAACACCCUCGUGCAUACACUCUCUCACACCCACACACGUGCAAAAAUCAAUUAAAAGCAAAGAGGAAUACAAGAGAUAACAGAAAAAUAAACGAGAGAUAAAAUAAUAGAUAGAAAGUUGCAAUUUUUUCGUGGACAAAAAAAAAUCCCCUCGCCAGCGAACAUGUCAAAAUUAACUGUGAAAUGUGCAAAAGCUCACAAGUUACGCAAAAAAUGCCGCAGCAAAAACGUCGCAGUCGCCGCAGCAGCAGCAGUAGCAGCAGUAGCAGUGGAGAGAAAAAUGUGAAACGGCAAACGAGAAACGAGCAACGAACAGCAGCAGGGAGUGCAGGGAGGAGAGUGCAGCGUGCAGAGUAUGCCCAAAAAGUGCAAGGAUGCAUCUUCGUGCCAUUGACCACCGAACCAGCAAUUUGUCUCUAACAGUAAAUCCAGCGCCUACAACAUCUACUAAAUCCACGUAGCCCAGGCCUCGUCGCAUCCACCCCACAUUGUCACUGCCGGACUAACGGACGAACGUUGUGCCGGAAGCGCUGCAGCAGCAGCACUAGAAUCAGCGGAAAUUAAAACAAAUCGAAGUCGAAAUAAAAAGACACUCACCCAGAGGGGCGGCCAGAGACAUCGGUAAGCAGAGAGAGAUAGUAAGAGAGAGAGAGAGCGAAAAAGAGUAACGGAGUAUUCUACGCUGCAUCUGAUUUACAACACGGCACAUUUACUACCGGUUACUGCAGCUUGCUCCGGUUCCAGCUACUGCUCUCAGUCCCCCACAAAAAACCCCCUUCCACUACUACGAGUGCAUCCACCUCCUUUCGCUCCUUUUGGCUGACGAUGAUGAUGAUGUUGUUUGCAAUUUGUGAUUUCAUGUUUUCAUAACUCGGCCAACCGUUGGCACGGAUUAGACAAAACGUCGAGCGUCGGGCAUCAAGCGUCAGCCUUCAGGACAGGCUUCCUGUACCAAAGUGCAGGAAUUCAACACGAGCAACGAAUAAAUUGAACUUGCAUUUUUAUAUCAACUUUUAUAAGCAACCAAAUGGAACGUGUUCAGCAGCAUUUAUCCAAUGCCAUCGCCAUUGCAUCCAGUAUCAUCACCGGUUAGAUAAGAGUCGGCAAUUCAAAGCACAGUUGCCACACGACCAGCCCGACGCAUCACCCCCUCACCCAGCCAAGGAGAAGGGCCAACGAAAAGGAAAACAAUUCCCCCAUCGGAUACCCACUAAUAAAUGCAGUGGAAGAAGAAGUUUACUCGAUUGAAAGCAGCUACUGGAAAUUCGCGUGUGCGAAGAAUGCUUUGUUGUGGACGUAGAAAGGAGAAUGGAAGAUCAGUUCCUGAUGUUACCGCCAGUCCGGGACGCGCCCCACCCGGACCGCUGCCCGCCAACCAGCUGUCUUCGCUGGGCAACCAGCAGCACGGCAACCAGCAGCAGCAGCAGCAGCAGCAUCAUGGCAACCAGCAGCAGCAGCAGCACCAUGGCAACCAGCACCAGAAUCGCGGACAGAGCGGCAACACCGGCGGCGGCGUCAAGGAUCCGGUGCUGCUGCAGGGUGACUUUCGCAAGGUCAGCGGCAUCAGCUCGGAGAUCUUUCGCCAGAUAGAGGCCGUUGAGAAUGACCAUGACCCGAAUACGGCGGCGGCCCUGGAUGCGGUGGAGCGACGCGGCGAGAUGAUUGUCCGCAUCCUGGAGCCGCGCUCCAUGGGCAGCAAGCAGGCGGUGGACGCGGCCCACAAGCUGAUGAACAAGGCCGAUGGCAGGCACACAGUCCAGCUGGUGGAGAUUGUCAAGCGGCCGGGCCAGACGCUGGGCCUGUACAUACGCGAGGGCAACGGUGCCGACCGCACCGAUGGCGUCUUCAUUUCCCGCAUUGCCCUGGAAUCGGCGGUCUACAACAGCGGCUGUCUGAGGGUGGGCGAUGAAAUCCUGGCCGUCAAUUUGGUGGACGUGACCCACAUGUCGCUGGACGAUGUUGUCAUCAUCAUGUCAAUUCCACGCCGCCUAGUGCUGGCCAUCCGCCAGCGACGCGGCAAUCGCGGCACCAACUCUCCCGGACCACCGACGCUGUCGCGACCGGAGCAGAAGCCGCCGCCGGUGGUGGUGAUCAAACGGGAUCUCAGGGAUGAGGAUCUGGACGAGACGGAUCGCAUGCAGAGGCCGCCGCGCUCAUCACGUGAAAGACGUACAGGUGAUGGCCGCGAGAUGACCGAGUCGCGCUCCAGGCUGGGCCUGGGCCUCAACAACUACAGCCCGCAGUCGGAGCAGCUGGACAUGUACUACAACACGCGUGGAGGCGGCGGCGGCGGCGGUGGGGGCGGUGGCAUGCCCGUCAAUGCCAUGGGCGAGCCACCCAACUGGGGCUACAAGCCGCCGCCACCGCCCUCGUCGGUGAUCACGGAGCAGCCCACAAAGGGGCACGCCUUUGCGCCCUCGCAUGCCUACUACCAGAACGCGGGAACGCUGGAGAGCCUGGCCGAGAAGGUGCACGCCUUCUAUCCGGGCGCGCCCGGACAGCCGGUGGGUCAGUCGCGUCGCAUGUCCACGGGAACCGGAAAUGUGGGACUUGCCCAGCAGCAUGCGCGCUUCCCGCGCUCCGGCUCGGAUCAGCACUUGCCGCGAGUGGAGUACGCCGACUACUCCAACUCCCUGGGUCGCCACUCGCUGCUGCGCUCCAGCCUCAAGCCCGGCACAGGCGCUCCCAUGCCCGUGGGCGUGGGUGGAACGCUGGGCCGCUACGGCCGCUAUGAUCAGCAGCGUGCCAAUACGGUGUCCAAGUACGGACCGCCGGCUGCCGCAGCCCAAUCGCUGACACGUCGCUCCCGGCCCAAUCUGGACUACUCCAGCGACACGGAGGCCACGAUCGGACCGCGUCCCAGCUACUACUACUACAACAGGCCCGCCAUUGGCAGCAUGCCGCGCGGUGCCGGGGGCCACAUGAGCGGAGGAGCAGCGGCCACGGCUGCGCUGCUGGCCAGUGCCGCAGAUCUCAACAAGUUCAACUCGCUGCCCAGGGAGAGGCCCGGGGUCAGGCUGCAGGGCAUCCGCACCAGAAUCAGCGAUCGCCUGGUGGACGAGAACGAUGGCAACACCUCGGCGCCGGAGUUCGAUGUGCGACGAGGCAGAGAUCUCCGCCAGCGCAUCACCGCCAGUCCAUCGAUCUUCACAGCGGACGAGUACCGUGCCUGGCUGCGCCGAGCGCCCAGCAGCUCGGCCAUCGCGGAACAGAUGCGAAUGACGCGCGACAUGUUUGCCCAGCCGCGAUCGCAGCGGUUCUCCUGCAGCGCCGAGAACAUCCACGAUGCAUUGAGGAACACGGAGAGCAUUUACUCGAGUAGAACGGGCAUACUGGGAGCUGGCACCCUCGAUCGGAAUAUGGGCCUCACGCGUCCCAUUUCCGCACUGCCUGUGCGAUCCAUGUCCUCGCAGCACAUCGGCGGCGCUGGAUCCAUACGCUCGCCCAGCAUACGACGCAUGAGACAGCUGCUGGAACUGUCCGCUGGCCCGGCCAGUCCUAGUGGCAGCAUCAUGAGCACCGGCGGCCACCAGAGUCCAGCCCCGACGCCCAGCGCCACCUUGCCGCGUCAGCAUCGCCAGAUCGACAUCAAUCCGGCCGAGUUUGCCAAGUACAAGCUGGACAAGCCGAUAGUGGACAUUGGUGGGGUGUCGGGCAUGUUGUGGAUCCAUCUGUUGGCGGGUCGUGGCCUGAGAACGGCUCCCGAGGGGGCUGGGGCACAGCCUGGGGCGCCGCCUGGCCAGACCAGAGAUCUGUACUGCGUCAUCGAGUGCGAUCGCGUGCACAAGGCACGCACCGUGGUUCGAUCCGGGGACCUGCAGUUCGACUGGGACGAGUCCUUCGAGCUGGACUUGGUGGGUAACAAGCAGCUGGAUGUCCUGGUCUACUCCUGGGACCCUCAGCACAGACACAAGCUCUGCUACCGGGGAGCCAUUUCGCUGUCGGCCAUCCUACGGCAGUCGCCGCUGCACCAGCUCGCACUCAAGGUGGAGCCCCGCGGCACCAUCUACAUCCGCAUGCGGCACACGGAUCCACUGGCGCUGUACAAGAGGCGUGGCCUGCCCAGCCUGAGGGCCGGCUAUCCGACGCUGUUCGGCGCCGACCUGGAGACGGUCGUCAACAGGGAGUCCAAGGGAGCACCGGGCUGUGCCCCAGUGCCAAUUGUGCUGCGACGCUGCGUGGAGGAGGUGGAGCGACGGGGCCUCGAUAUAAUCGGGCUGUAUCGACUGUGCGGCUCGGCCACCAAGAAGCGCCUGCUGCGCGAGGCCUUCGAGCGCAACAGCCGUGCCGUGGAAUUGAGCCCGGAACAUGUUCCUGACAUCAAUGUCAUCACCGGCGUGCUCAAGGACUACCUCAGGGAGCUGCCCGAGCCGCUGUUCACGCGCUGCCUCUUCCAGAUGACAGUCGACGCCUUGGCUGUCUGUUUGCCAGAUGACCCCGAGGGCAAUGCGAAAUUGAUGCUUAGCAUUCUCGAUUGCCUGCCCAGGGCGAACAGGGCCACUCUCGUAUUCCUGCUCGACCAUCUGUCGCUGGUCGUGUCCAACUCUGAGCGCAAUAAGAUGUCCGCCCAGGCGCUGGCCACGGUGAUGGGCCCACCGCUGAUGCUGCAUUCGGCCAGCGCACAGCCGGGCGCUGACAUCGAUCACGCCCAGCCGAUCGCAGUGCUCAAAUAUCUGCUGCAGAUCUGGCCACAGCCGCAGGCGCAGCAUCAGCAGCUGGCACAGCACAUGGGCGGCGCAACGGGCUCAAUGAUGAGCGGCCUGGCCACGGCCGGCAGCAUGAGCAACAUGGCCGGCGUUGCUUCAGGUCGGCGCGGCGAGUCAACAGGGCAGCGUGGAAGCAAAGUCAGUGUGUUGCCAGCGGACAGACAGCAACUUCUACUGCAGCAGCAGCAGCAGCUCAUGGCGGCGGGCAACCUCCUGCGCUCGUCCACUUCGGUAACCAACAUACUCUCCCAAGGCCAUCCUCAGCUCUCAGCCACAGCCAACAGUCAUCUGUAUCAAUCAGUAGUGGGUCAGUUAGCUCAAUCGCAUCGAGCCUUGCAACAAGCGGUGCAACAGCCCUAUCAAUUGGCGGGAUCAGUGGGCUCAGCAAUUCCCGACCAAUCGCCACUGCCACUUCCAGGCACACCCUCCCCAGGCAGUAGCUCGGCGUCGACGGGUUCGGGCUCCGGAUCGGGCUCGGGUAAAAGCACGGAUACCAUCAAGCGCGGUGCUUCACCUGUCUCCGUUAAGCAAGUCAAGAUCAUCGAUACGGCCAGCCCCUAUUCCAUUGUGCAGAAGAAGCCACCGCUGCAGAAGGAUGCACCCAUAGAUGCCAUCACACCCACCACCCAGUCGGAUGCAACAUCAGCCCUAGGUCUGGGCAACAGCUACAGCGGCAGCGGCAGCACGACAACACGCAAAGGCAACGUUGACUUCUAUGAACCGCACAAAGCGCUGUCCAAGAGCUUGGCCGGCGACGACUCCACCAGCUACAGCUCCAAGUACGCCAGCCUGGAGACGAAGAAGAGCAGCGGCUACAGCGGCAACAACUACACCCCCAGCAAGACCAGCCUCAACGCCAGCGAUGAGUACAAGGCGAUGCGCAACAAGUCGAGUGCCACCUCAAGCUCCAGCUCGUCGCAGGCAACGGUAUUGAGUGCCGGCUCGACGGCCACCUCGGCACCCACCACCUCCUCCGAUGACUCGGACGAUCUGCUAUCGUACAAGUCAUCGGCCUCCACCAACGCGUUGCUGGCACAGUCGCAGGCAAUGACCACCAGCCAGCUGAUGUCGAAGUAUUUAAAGCGCGAGCCGAGAGUCCAGUUCACUCCGAUUAAGUCGCCGGAGUCACCAUCGCCGCCAGGCGGUGGGGAUGGUCUGCCCAAGGGCACAUACCAACUGGUCACGCCCACUGUCGCCGGCCCCGGCUCUUCUAUCAAGCCCAGCGCCACAACGGGAGCGAUCAGCAAGCACACCACAUCGUCGCCAAGCUCAGCGGACACGAACACUAACCACACCAACAGCCAGAAGUUGUCAUCGCCCUCGCGCCUGAACAAGGACAGUAAGUCCGGAGCAGCGGUAAGUGGCUCCUCAUCCAUUGUGUCGACCGGACGGCGGCUGUUUGACAGCCUGGCCUCGUCGUCAUCGUCGGAGACGGAGACCAAGACCUACAUUGGUGGAACCACGGCCAACGCCAGUGCAUCCAGCACCACGACAACCUACACCAACGACUCGCGGAACACAGCCAGCAGUAGUAAUAAGUCGGUAGCGGGAUCGGGCUCGGGCUCGGGCUCGGGAUCAGGUUCGAGCUCAGAGCCCAGGAGCUAUGGCAGCGCUCUCUUUGGUAGCAGCGGCCUGGGCAAUGGCAAUGGGGCCAGCGGCAAUCACAACCAUUUGGGCAGCACCAACAGUCCCUUCACCAGCACCAAUGGCAACGGCAACCACAAUGCCAUGCACCUGUACGGCACUUUGCCAAAGAGUGGGGCCGCCAGCUCGGGUGCUGCUCUGUUCGGCAGCAGUGCCAGUUCCUCCUACCACUCGAGCAGCGGCGCGGGUACGACAACCAGCAGCGGGGUCAGCUCCAUGACGGGCUCCACCAAUAGCUAUGAUUUCUACUCUAGCAGCACCUCGAGCGGCAGCAGUUCGCGUCCCUUUACCAAUGGGGGCAACAACUACCACACCCUGGGCACAUAUCGGGCGCAGUACGCUGCCACCAAUCCCUUCCUCGAUGCCUUCGACGAGAAGCCCAGUAGCAAUGGGGGCAACGGCGGUAGUAACAAUGGCCAUGGGGAGGAUAAGCUGGGGGCGGACAAGGGUCAUCAUAGGGCGACCGUGAUGGCGGCAUUCCAGUCGUCGGGCGACUCCAAGAACGGUAGCGAUGAGUACGACGAUCUCAAGUGAGUGGAUAAAACGAAUGGGGGCAUGGGCAUCCGUUCGAUGGGGCUAAAGAUAACGAACUAGUACGAUACGAUUACGAAAACGAAACCGAAACAGAAACCGAAACCGAUUUCCAUACAGACAGACAGACAGACAAUGCUGAAAGUGUUCUUUUGGAGUAUUUACAGUUUACAAAUUUACAUAGAACGAAUAAUACGAAUAUAUAAACCGAUAAACAAUAAUCGAACUAGAAAAACUAUGCUAAAACCCACUGAACACGCGGAUACUUACGUAUUGUAUAUCUCCUCUUAUUAAACGGAAGGCCAACAUGGCUGCCGAGCUUUCUCUGUGUGUGUGUGUGUUGAGUAUGUGUGUGUGUGUGUGUGUGUGUGUGUGUGUGUGUGUGCGUAUGUUAACCCAACGGAAAGCUUUAAUACUUUUCCGUAAUGCUUGACACCAACAGUGGGAGGGUGGGCAGCCAUUUAGCUAACAUAAAUCCGAAUUCAAUAACAUUUACGAACAGUAUUUUUGAAUGAACUAAAAGCAAAACAUAACAAAACAAAACAAGAGAAUGAUAAACAUAGUAUACAACAAAUUACAAAUUAUAAAU